AUGACUGAGAAACGGCCCAACUUCCUCGUUAUCGUCGCCGAUGAUCUCGGUUUCUCUGACUGCAGUUGCUUCGGCUCGGAGAUCCAAACGCCAAACAUCGACGCCAUAGCCCAGGAUGCGUCGGGCACGCGCUUCACCAACUUCCACGUCGCAUCCAUGUGCUCGCCGACGCGAUCCAUGCUCAUGACUGGAACAGACAACCACAUCGCCGGCCUCGGGUCUCUGGCGGAGCUGGUCCGCCAGUCUCCCGCGCACCAGGGGAAACCCGGGCACGAAGGCUACCUGAAUGACCGCGUGGUGGCGUUGCCCGAGCUGCUGCGCGAUGGCGGCUACUACACGGUCAUGGCGGGCAAGUGGCACUUGGGCCUCAAGAAGAAGCAUAGCCCACAGGCGAGGGGCUUCAAGAGGUCAUUCGCGCUGCUCCCGGGCGCAGCGAACCAUUACGGCUACGAACCGCAAUACGCCGACCCGCACACCGAACCCGGCCCCUUCUUCGACACGGGCACGCGGGCCCUGCACAUGGAAGACGGCGAAUACGUCGACGCGCUCCCGCCCGACUUCUACUCGUCCGACCACUACGCCACCAAGCUCAUCGAGUACCUCUCCCCGCCAUCCUACCCCCCCACCACCGAGGGAGAAGAAGAAGAAGAAGAAGAAGCAGCAGAAUCCCAACCCCCCCAACCCCAACAGCAACAACCCUUCUUCGCCUACCUCCCCUUCUCCGCCCCGCACUGGCCCCUCCAAGCCCCCGCCGCCUCCAUGGCCAAGUACCGCGGCCGCUACGACGACGGCCCCGCCGCCCUGCGCCUGCGCCGCCUCGCCCGCCUGCGCGAAACGGGCCUCAUCGGCGCGGACGUGGUCGCGCACGACGUGGUGACGGCGCCGGGCGAGCCCGCGGCGUGGGAGGCCAUGUCGGCGGAGGCGCGGGCCAAGAGCGCGCGCGCGAUGGAGGCGUACGCGGGGAUGGUGGACCGCAUGGACUGGAACGUCGGGCGGGUGGUGGCGCACCUGAAGGGGAUGGGGGUGUGGGAGGAUACGGUGGUGCUGUUCAUGAGCGACAAUGGCGCCGAGGGCGCGAGCAUCGAGGCGAGGCCGGUGUUGGGCGAGAGGGUGCUGGAGCAUCUGGAGCGGUAUUACGACAAUUCGGUGGAGAAUAUCGGGCGGAAGGACUCGUUCGUUUGGUAUGGGACGCGCUGGGCGCAGGCGGCGACGGCGCCGAGCAGGCUGCAUAAGAGGUUCAGUACCGAGGGCGGGUGCAGGGUGCCGCUGGUGUUGAAGCCGGCGGGGGGGAGGGCCGCGGGCGGGAAGGUGGCGGGGGCGUUUUGUACGGUCAUGGAUGUGGUGCCGACGGUUUUGGAGCUGGCGGGGCUGAGGCAUCCGGGGACCGAGUAUCGGGGGAGGGAGAUUGCGCCGGUGAGGGGCGCGAGUUGGGCGGGGUUUAUUGAGAGGGUGAAGGGGGAGGAGGGGGCGGUGGUGGAUGCGACGGUGCAUCCGGAGGAUUACGUCGUUGGGUUCGAGGUUGGGGGCAGCGCGGGGCUGAUCAGGGGGAAGUGGAAGCUGACGUAUGUGCCUUUCCCCAAGGGGCCGCAGCGGUGGGAGCUGUUUGACUUGGAAAAAGAUCCGGGCGAGACGGAGGACUUGAAGGAGAAGGAGCAGAAGGUGUUUGAGGAGCUGCUGGUGGAGUGGGAGAAGUAUAAGAAGGAGGUUGGUGUGGUCGGGCUGGCGGGAGAACUGGAUGGGAUUGCGCCGAAUGAGGAUGAGUUUGAGGACGACACGAAGUGGAUUAGGUGGAUCGGCAAGAAGGACUUGCCGCCGCAGCUCGUGGGUAAGACGUUUAACUGA